UUCUUUCUCUUCAGCAUUGUCCUACGUUUGCUGCCGCAACUCCGUCCUCGACCAUCGAACAGAUGCGCCAUCAUCUCACGACAUAACCUAAUACCGCCGCGAUGACCAUCUGCAAAUUCUACCAACAAGGCACCUGUCGCUAUGGAAACAACUGCCGAUUCGAACAUCCUCCAAAAGCACCCAGCGGGUUUCAAACAGGCAAUCGAUUCGGUGCCCUAGCUGGCGGCGGCGGCGGCUUCAGCUCGAACCAGAACACCGGAUUCAGCAACAACCGAAGCGGAGAACUCCCCUACAAACUCGACGCCGAUGCCAUUCAAAAAGACUUGACCGAAGAACUCCCAACAUGGAUUCUCUCGGCCUAUGCCCCAGGGAAAGAACCACCCGAGCAGCUAUUUGGAGGAGAACAACGGGAACAGAGUUUCGAGGAGAUGCGAUUGUACUACAUGAACGGUCUCGCGGCCGGUAACCCCGAAGGAGCAUUGAACGACAUCAACAACCUCUACCAAAGCGCUCAAGCGCAGAACCAAGCAGCCCUGGGCAAUAUCCAGGGCGCUAUCCAAUACAUCGUCGAGGCCGGUAACAAGCAUCCGAACCGACACGACAUUUGCAAACAACACACAUUACCAGGAGGAACAACGGGCGAGUUCGGAAGUGACAGACCAAGAUCAAAUGCAUUUGGUGCUCCCGCAACAGCAAAUAACGUCUUCGGUGCUCCCGCUCAGCCAGCGGGCGGUGCCUUUGGCCAGCCAGCAGCUCUGGGAGCCAAGCCAAAUCCCUUUGGAGCUCCGGCCUUUGGACAACCGGCGCAACCAGCUGCUGCUUCACCCUUUGGCCAGCCCUCGGCAUUGGGUGCCUCAACAUCAGCAUUCGGAGCGCCAAGUGCGUUAGGAGCGAAACCAAAUCCCUUCGGAGUCCCAUCAACAGGAGGAGCAUUUGGCCAACCAGCUGCCGCCCCCGCCUUUGGGCAACCUACACAGCCGACGAGUGCUUUUGGCCAGCCAGCACAACUAGGAGCCAAGCCGAACCCCUUCGGAGCACCAGCUGCCCCAGCGACCAGCGCCUUCGGUCAGCCAGCGACAUUAGGAGCAAAGCCAAAUCCGUUUGGAGCACCAGCCGCCGCCCCAGCAGGAGGCGCAUUCGGGGCCUCAACAACAACCAGUCCCUUCGGUCAGUCCACACAGGCCGCCAACCCGUUCGGACAAUCAACAAACAGCGCUUUCGGACAGUCAACAUCUACUCCAGCAGCGAACCCCUUUGGGGCUCCAGCACAGGCAACAGGCAGUCCAUUUGGCGCCUCAACCGGUCCAGCCACUACCAACCCCUUCGGCGCCUCAGCUACCGUGGCUCCCGCUGCUACCCCCUCACCCUUCGGUGCCUCCACAACAACACCAGCAGCCAACCCCUUCGGCGCCUCAACCACACAACAACAACAACCAUCCGCAUUCGGAGCCUCAACCACCGCCCCAGCAGCCGCCAACCCCUUCGGCCAACCUCCCGCCGCCGCCCCACCACAACCCGCCAGCGCUAACGCCGCCCCCGGCGCCUCCCCCUACGCCCCCACCACCACGCGGCAACACCCCCCGAUAACCACCUACACCACGCGCUCCCCGCUCGACAACCGUCUACAAACCUUCAAGGGAAAACCAGUCACCUACCAACGGAUUCCCAAACCUGGUGCCCCGGACACCGCGCCGCCCGAGAAGGAAGUACCGGUUAUCAGGAACUUCGACGGCAGUUUCCAGAUGAUUUGGUUCCCUGAUGGAGCGCCCAAGUACACGCCGGACACGGAGGGGUUGGAGGGGGAGUAUACUGGGGAUGUGUUGAGUGCUUGGCAGAAGUUUGUGGAGACGGGACGGUUUGAGGGCGGGGUUAUGCCAGAGGUUGCGCCGAAGAGGGAGUUUUGUGCGUGGGAUUUUUGAGCGAGGAUGGGGGUGUGGGUGUGGGUGUGGUUGUUGCAGUAGGAGGUGGGGGAGAUGAAGCAUGAAGGGAAGGAGUGGAGAGAAAUGAAGAGGAAAGCAAUGGAGAGGACGGGAGGAUAAGGAGAAAGAGAUAGGGAUAGGGAUAGGCUCCAAUAGAUAUGGAUAUGAUGACCAAGGACUACGGGAAAACGCAAGAGCGAAUUUGUCUACUGGAUU